AUGUCUACCACUCGCACCUAUGAUCUCCUUAUUAAACUCCUAUUGAUUGGAGACUCCGGAGUUGGUAAAUCAUGUCUCCUGCUUAGAUUCUGUGAUGACCAAUUCACACCUUCGUUUAUCACCACCAUUGGCAUUGAUUUCAAGAUUCGUACCAUUAAUCUCGAUGAUAAGAGAGUAAAACUUCAAGUGUGGGAUACUGCCGGUCAAGAGAGAUUUAAAACUAUUACCACAGCUUAUUACAGAGGAGCUAUGGGUAUUCUCUUGGUCUACGAUGUCUGUAAUGAGAAGUCGUUUGAGAAUAUUCGGUCAUGGUAUUCUAAUGUUGAGCAGCACGCUAGUGAGAAUGUUGUUUUGAUUCUUGUUGGUAAUAAGUCUGAUAUGAGCGAAAAGAGAGUUAUUUCUCCUGAGCAAGGUCAGGCUUUGGCUGAUGAACUUGGAAUCCCGUUCAUUGAGGCAAGCGCAAAGACAAACGAUAAUGUAGAAGAUACAUUUUUCUCAUUGGCUAGAAGAGUCAAGCAGACGAUGUUCUCUGACAAUGCUGAUGCCAAUGGUGCCACGACUGGUGGUUCAGUCAACGUUGGCAGUGCCAACAACAGUGGGACUGGUGGUAAGUGCUGCUAG